UUCAAUUCAAAGGAACGCCCAAUUAGAAGAAAAAAAGACCCAAGAAUUUUUUUUUAUGCGAAUCCCGCAAAAUCAGAAGCCAAGCAGUUGGCUCCCCUCCAACUGGGCGUUUUGAAUUUCAUUCAAAUUCCGCAACUUUCAGCCGUCUUUGAUCAACUGUUCGGGCGGCUGUCUAUAGGGAAACCCAAAUUGUCUGCACGUUAGAUGAUGAAGCUGUCAGAUCCAUCAAUGGCGCUACUUGCCGCUAGUGGCGGCGAUGCUGUCAAGCUCUUCAAUGUUUCAGUGGAGUCAGGGGAUCCCUGCACCUUGACUUACACUCCCUCACCUGGUUUCCUGGUCAAUUCCGUUAAGUGGAACCACACUAAUUUAGUUGUCGCAAGUGCCGGCGAAGACAAGAAGAUUUCGCUGUGGAGGAAAAAUGGUCAGAGCAUGGGCACAAUUGCCAUCUCUGGGACGGACAGUGGAGACGGCAUUGAGGAAUCUAUAUCGGCUAUUAGCUUUAGUAAUAAAGGAUCCAGAUACAUAUGUUCUGGUGGAAGUUGCCAAGUUGUAAGAAUAUGGGAUCUACAGAGGAAACUCUGCAUUAAACGGUUGAUGGGUCAUACAAAUACUAUUACAGGCACUAUGUACAACUGUAAAGAUGAUCACUUGGCAUCCAUAAGUCUAAGUGGAGAUCUCCUUGUUCACAACCUUGCAUCGGGCGGAAGAGCUGCAGAACUGAAGGACCCCAACAACCAGGUACUGAGGGUGCUGGAUUAUUCACGGCUCAGCCGUCACCUCUUGGUUACUGCAGGUGAUGAUGGAUCGGUACAUUUAUGGGACACUACAGGACGCCAUCCGAAGAAUUCUUGGUUGAAGCAACAUUCUGCACCAGCAGCUGGUGUUAGCUUCUCUCCAUCAAAUGAUAAGAUUAUAGCCAGUGUUGGCCUGGAUAAAAAGUUAUAUACAUUUGAUUCUGGGUCCAGACGGUCCUCCUCUUGUAUUUCUUAUGAGGCACCUUUUUCCUCACUGGCAUUUAGAGAUGAUGGGUUGGUUCUUGCAGCUGGAACCAGUAGUGGCAGGGUUGUCUUUUAUGAUGUCCGAGCAAAACCACAGCCUUUCACAGUUCUUCGUGCUUAUAACAGCUCAGAGGCUGUUACAAGUUUAUGCUGGCAAAGAUCAAAACCAGUUGUUGUAAAUGAGAACUGUACAGCAGAGAUGGCUCUUCUUGGUGGAUCUGUUGAAGAUUCUAUACUUAUGCCUGACCCACUUCCCUCCAUGUCCUCUGCUAGUCAUUCAGAAGUUCCCUCCCUUUCAAGAACUGGCAGUGGGUCAACCUUGCCUCCUGUUAUUUCUUUCAAUGAAGAAACGCCACUUCGACGGCCAGGUGGACCAUUAACGAGAUUAAAGGCUCCACGUACUAGUUAUAAUUUCAUGGAUGACAUGGAAGUAUUCUCACCGCUUGUGGAGGUUCAGCCUAUCACACCUUCUCUUGACAAGUAUUGGGAUAAUCAUGAGGGAUCAAAGUUAGAUAAUGUACUAGCUGACAAGAAGCCUUCAUCCUUCGUGUUUCCCUCAUCAAGCAGCAGGAGAUUUCCAUUUGCCGAAGACGGAAUCAUCAAUGAACAUCCAAUAUAUGAUUGGAAACCCAGUUCAAGUUCCAGACAGGAUGACAGCAGAUCAUCCCAUGCCCACCUAAGUGGGUCGACUCCUCCUCCAUCUUCCAAAAGUGCAGAAACCUCAAUAACUCCUCCAGAAGCUUGGGGUGGUGGUGAGAGAUUUGAUAAGAUUGCACAUCUUCGCCAGACAUCAAAUGUUCUUCCACCUCGCUUGGGGAUCACAACUUCUUCUGCAAGUUUCACUUCAGGAGGCUCUAUGCUGCUCUCAGGCAUGCAAGACGUAUCCUCCACCUUGAUGAAUCAAACAAGCAUGAGCUCAGUAACGACUGGUUUGACAAAUGCGAGACUUAGAGACGUUUCUAUUAGUCAGGAGACAUCGAUUGCUUAUCCAGAACAAUUUCCGUCUUUCGGUCACUUGUCGACUCUGCCCCUGGGUUCUGCAAAAAGCAUUGUGGGGCUGACUAGUAGUAUUGAAGCACCAUCAGGGCUACUGGCAUCAUCAAGCCUAGCCCGUAGAUUUUCAACAUAUGCAGAGAGAAUCAGCACCACUUCCUCUUUUAGUGAUGGGAUAUCCCUUGGGGUUGCUUCUCCCAAAGUGAAGAAAACUGGAUCUGAAACCAGGGAAGACCUCUUGAAUAGCCUCUCAUCAAGGUCCGAGUCCUUAGCUGCUGUUGCUACUGAGCCAGGAGUUCUUCCAUUAGCAAAUGGAGGGGUAGCACAACCUCAUAAGGCUCUUCUACAACCUUCUGAUAUGCAGCAGGGGAGUUCAUUUCCUCUUCAGCUAUUUCAACGUCAACUGGAAGAAACUCUGGGUACAUUCGGGGAGUCUCUACGCGAAGACAUGCGGAACGUACACAUUGAAGUCCUUAGACAAUUCCAUAUGCAGGAGUGCUUGUAUCUUGAGAAGCAAACUGAGAUGACGAAGCAAAUUGAGUCCCUGCAGAAGGAAGUCCAGGAACUCCGACAGUUGUUAAGACGGUGACCUCAUUUGUUUUGAACCCUUAAUGAUGGUGAUGAUGAUCAGAGUUGUGGAGUGAGCAGUCUUUUGUGGGACGGCAUAUUACAAAUACGCUUGCUCUUCUUCAGGCGGGUGGUGGUGGUGUUUUUGGGUGUUUCUGUUGUUUUGGUUAAUGAUUAAGAGGGCGUGGGAGUUAAAAAAAUAGGCCUCCAGCUGAGGCAAAGUAGAGGGGAAAUGGCAUUCAUUAUAUGCCUGGCAUCGGCACCAGUUGAGCAUAUUUGUUUCUUAAUUCUGUACAGGCACAUUUGCUCAGGUCCAAUGAAAUGAGAUUAUUCUUUCUUUAUUCCGUGGAAGUUUUCAGUUUUCUCCAUCCAUUUACCAUGCCCUUGGUUCAUUUCUUCAAUGGUUACAAACCUGUGAAGCUUCGUCGCAUAUGGGAAACUACUCGUC